ACAGACACACACAAGCGCGCUUGGGCAACGCGAGAGAGGCAAAACAGCUGAUAUUCUAUCGAUAGGGCUAUCGGUAUCGUUGGAACUAUCGCACCGAGCCAAUUGGAAUCCAAGUGAUUAGGCCCAUCCAGACGUGAAAUGGAAAAAAGAAGUGAGGCGCCGAUAAAAAGCACCAAGUUUCGAAAGCUGAGCGAUGCGGACAUGACGGAGGUGCAGCUGAAUAAUUUGGAUCCUAGCGCAAAGGAUAAUGUCGAGAUCGGAAGUAGCCAGGGAAAUGACGGAAGUAAUCCCGUUCAACACUCGAAAUGGUUCAGAUCCCGACUCUUCAUCAUAUCCGUGAUCUUCUCGGCCCUUCUGAUGACCGCCAUGUGUAUUGGCUUUGUGGUGCACUACGGAAUGUCCGGCGAUGUGGGCGACAUGGAAACGGUGACCUAUUGGCCGGUUAAUCUGCCCCAGGAGCAGAAGGAGUGGUACGAUCUGGGUAUAGAGGAGCUGCAAAAGGCUGUUUCCCGGGAAUUUAAUCGCCGUCGAGCCAAGAAUGUGAUUCUAUUCGUGGGCGAUGGAAUGGGACCGAAUACAGUGACGGCGGCAAGGAUUUACGGUUUCAAGGAGGAGGGACUUCUCCGUUGGGAGCAGUUUCCCGAAAUGGGUUUGUUAAAAACCUAUUGUGCGGAUAAACAAGUUCCGGAUUCCUUCUCCACGGCCACUGCGCUCUUCGGAGGAGUUAAGGUUAACUACGAAACGGGCGGAGUGGAUUCGAAUGUGCCGCUGGGAAACUGUGCCGCCUCCCUGCAGGAGGAUCACCAUGUCCAGACGAUCCUCAAGUGGGCUCAGGUGGACGGAAUGCGAACGGGUUUCGUGACCACCACCCGGGUAACUCACGCCACUCCGGCUGCCCUCUAUGCCCACGUUCCCGACCGCCGUUGGGAGUGCGAAACUGGGAUGCCAGCAGAGGCCCAGGAUCAGGGUUGUAUGGAUAUAGCCCGCCAGCUGAUCGAACAGCCCACCGGUCAGAGAAUCAAUGUCAUCAUGGGCGGCGGUCGUCAGAUGCUCGUGUCCAAUGUCACCGAUUCACCAGCCGAUCCCCUGGACACUUGGGCCAGCAUGUCGAAGGAUGGACGAGACCUCAUCCGAGAUUGGAGGCUUAGGAAAGAGGAUGAGGGUGUCUCACAUGCCGUAGUACAAAAUAAUCGCGAGCUCUAUAAUCUCGAUGCUCAGAAUGUUGACUAUGUCUUGGGCAUCUUUGCCAAUGGUCAUUUGAUGUACGAUCACGAGCGAGAUCAAAGUGAUGCCGGAAUGCCCUCGCUAUCGAAUAUGACCCAAAAAGCCCUCCAAGUUUUGGGUAACAGUGACAAGGGAUUCUUGCUGGUGGUCGAGGCUGGCCUAAUCGAUCAGGCCCAUCAUCGGGGAAAAGCUCGCAAGGCUCUGCACGAGGUUCUCGAACUGAACAAGGCCGUCGAGUCAACACUCUCGUUCCUCAAGUCAACUGAUCGCUUGGAUGAAACCCUGGUUAUCGUGACCGCCGAUCAUUCGCAUAGCCUGACCAUUAAUGGGCACCCAGAUCGAGGAGCCAGUAUAUUGGGUUUUGCGGGAAACUCAAAAACAGAACAGACGCCCUACACCACGCUGACGUACGGAACCAGCUAUCAAGGAUUUCAGGUGGAUCCCAGCACACAGAACCGUAGAGAUCCCACGGAGGACAAUACAUCCGACUGGGAAUACACCCAGCAGGCAGCCAUAAACACGGACGAAAAUCUACACGGCGGAUCGGAUGUGACGAUCCACGCAGAUGGUGCCAUGUCCUAUCUGUUCCACGGGGUCCACGAACAGAGCUACGUGGCACACGCCAUAUCCUACGCUCUUCGAAUCGGACGAUUCCGGGAUAGCUCCAUUGCCGAAACACUGGCUGAAUUUACGCCCAUAUAGAAGAACACAAUUACCUUUACCCUCUAAUGUUAAAAUAUAUAUUUAAGAGAAACAAAUAUUUUCUUGCCCAGCUACGUUGUAAUAGAGAUAGAACUAGAAAAGGACUUAAGAUUAAGAACUGGCUAAAUAGUUUCCUAUGGGUUUGGAUACCUAAGAAAUAUUAAAAGUUGAUGUUUAAGG